AUGAAAACUGCUCCAGAACCAGCGACUCUCCAUGACGUGGACGAGGACGGCAAUAUUCUCUUGCAUAGCAAAAGAUCAGCUUCUCGAGUCAUGAAGGAGACAGCAAAGUCGCCUCCCAGAAGCCAGAGCAGGAUCAGUUCACGGACGCCGCAGAAAUGCAUUUUCGGCAAGUCUAUCUGCAGAGGCCCUAUUGAAAACAUGGUCAAGGAAUACAAUCUCAAUCGCUAUCCUCUCACAAUAUUCACCCGGAGCCAAGAUCAAAGCCGUGAUCGCAAUGAGAUUCCUGGGUAUCGUUUUAGGAAAGUUUUCUUUACUGACGAGACAGAGAUUCUUCACCCAGAUGCGACUUACGACAGGGGUCGGUACGUGAGAUUGACUGCUUUCAUUGCUGAGAGAGACGAGACCCACCCCGAUCCCAGGAUCUAUGUGGAACAGCGAGUUUACCAGGGGAACCGGGAGAUGAUUAUGAUUCACGAAUUGAUACUCGGUGGCACGGUCCAAGUCGGGAUUGAGUACGUGUUCACAGCCUGUGGCGACGAGGAUAUCCACCUGGGGAAGCGCGACCUGAGGCUCACCAUUAAAUCCCUACAGCAGGAUAUAUUCGAUGAACACAUGCACGCUCGCGCAAAGUAUUACGGCUACGAUCGCAAAGACACUGUUUUCGUUAGCCAGUUCUCGCUCUCCAAUGGGUUAACCUACACCGUCCGUAAUCCCGCUAGUGGCCAAGAGUCUUCAUUCAAGGUCUUUCUUGAAGCCGACGAUCUCCGGACCCUCCUUGACGCAAAGUGUAAGAUGCGAUCUGCUAUUGGUGCCGCACCUGGUGAGGGGAUUGAACUGCUUAAACUGCGUUUCCCGGGAUAUGGAGAACAUACUGAAGACAAAAUGGAUAGGGGUGACCUUGAUCUUCGAAUUGUGUAUAAGCUUUGA